AUGGAACCCUAUAAAGGACAAGGCGGCAUUCAGAUGCUGCUAACUGCUGAACAAGAAGCACAACAUAUUGUUUCCAAUGCAAGAAACUUGAGGAAUAAAAGAUUGAAGCAGGCAAAAGAAGAGGCUGAGAGGGAGGCAGCACAAUAUAGAGCUCAAAUGGAAGAAGAAUACCAAAAGUCAAUCUCAGAGACAACUGGGAGCUCUGGAUCCAAUGUAAGAAAGCUUGAGGAAGAGACAGAUGCAAAGAUAAGAAAUAUAAAAAGAUCAGCUUCAAAGGUCUCUUCAGAAAUUGUUGAUAUGAUGCUCAAGUAUAUUUCAAAUGUUAAAGUGUAA